CCCCCGUUCUUCUCGCGUAAGGAAACGGAAGCGCUCGAUAAAAGGGGAGUCUUCAGCGGCGAGGCCUCGUCCCCUUCUCGUUCCGUUCGCCAGCCACCACCCCUACCUCCCCCCUCUGAUCGAGUGAUCAUCCAAGGUUUCCUCCCUCGAGGCGAGGGUUCGGGUCGCCUGUGCUGCCGCCGCGUCCACCGCGGGGGGAGUCGUGCCGCGAUGUCUGCCCUUUGGGCCGCGCCGCGGUUCCACGGCCUCGAGAAGCGCGACGACGCGUGGAAUCUCGUCGUCAAGGUCAAAUACGGUGACACCCUGAAACGUUUCAAUGCUUGUGUGAAUGGUCCAUACUUUGAUCAUGAUCUGGCUGCCCUUCGGUUGAAGAUUGCAAGUGCCUUUAAGUUCAGUCCUGAUGUUGAAUUCAUUCUCACUUAUACUGACGAGGAUAGAGAUGUGGUCAUGCUGGAUGAUGAUAAUGAUCUACGUGAUGCUGCUAUUAAUCAGAAAUUGAACCCUCUUAGGAUUAAUGUUCAGUUGAAGAGCAGCAAGGUUGGGGUACCUCGGACAAAACAGCAGGCCUCGAAUUCCAGAUCUCUGAGGUCCACGGCUCUCGAAGAUCAACUAGCUCAGGUGAAAUCAGCUAUUGAUGAUGCCUUGAAGUUUGUACCAGAGCAAGUCCCCGCUAUCCUUGCAAAACUGUCCCAUGACUUGCGCUCUAGAGCUGCAUCAUCAGCACCAUCAUUGGCCGAGUUGCUGGACCGUUUUGCUAAACUGAUGAUACCAAGUAGCAACGUGCAGCCUUCUAGUGGCCCUGCUGAUGGCUCAUCUCGCUCCUCUUGUGGUGGACCACAAACAUCGGGAAAUUCUAAGAUUAAGCAUGACUCUGCACCUAUGAUAGGUUCAGCUUCAGAGCCCUCGGACAUGCAAAAUUCUGAGACAUCUAAAGCACUUGGUCUUAAGAGUGUGCUAUUUGAGAACCCCGUUUCUAAAAUUGAACAAGCACCACUAUAUCCUCCCAUUGAGGAUUCACUGAUUUUUACUAGUUCAGGUGGAAGGAAAUCUGAUUGCAAAGGAAGUGCUGAUACUGAGAUUAAGAGAAAAUUUGAUGCGCACAGUAAGGGUAAAUCUGUCACAUUCUCCGUGCCACCAGUUUCUAUCACAUCUCAUGUUGCUCCUACCCAACGAUAUGUUCCUGCUCAAUCUUUGGGUGAAAACACAUUGAGAUAUGCACGAAACCCUGCCUAUAUGACCUAUGGAUCCAAUGGAAAGGUCAGUGGUGAUAUGCCGUCGAUAUGCCCUCGUCCACCAGCAUUGUACCCUUCUCCACCAGCAGUGCACCCUUACCAUAUGAACUUUGGGGCAAAGGGAUUAAUUAAUGGUGAUUUGUGCUCGACUUUUCCCCCUCCACCCAACAUCUAUGAACCAUUCAAGUUGAACACACCAUCAGUUGGUACGUAUUUCCCUUACCCAGAAGGCAUCUACUCUUCUGGGAGUUCGCACAGAGAUGAUAUGCCCUCAUCACUCAGUAAUUAUGUGCCUAAUCCAGAAGGCUUGAACUCUUUUGGGAGUUCAUACGGAGAUCUUAGUGCCAAUUAUGGGAGCAUCCCACAACACGCACUGCAUAGAUGGAUACAAUGUGAUGGCUGUGGGGUGACGCCUAUUGUUGGGCCUCGCUACAAGUCUAAUGUUAAAGAAGACUAUGAUUUGUGCGGUGCCUGUUUUUCUCACAUGGGCAAUGAGUCUGAAUAUACCAGAUUAGACAUGCCAGCUUCAAAAAAUAACUGGACGAUCCUUGGGCAGAUUCCACCGGUGAAGCCUGACUGUCACUUCAUCAAGGAUGUUACUGUCCCUGAUGGUACACCAAUGGCACCGUCAACUCCCUUUACCAAGAUUUGGCGCAUGCAGAACAGUGGGGCUACCAUGUGGCCGUUUGGUACCCAGCUUAUCUGGGUUGGCGGGGAUCAAUUUUCAUGCCAGAGUUCAGUUAAAUUAGCGAUUUCAUUGAAUAGGGGGCUUCCUGUGGGCCAAGUGACUGAUGUCGCUGUUGAUUUUCUUGCCCCUGCGAAGCCUGGUAGGUACAUAUCUUACUGGAGAUUGGCAUUACCCUCAGGUCAGAAAUUUGGUCAGCAAGUUUGGGUUCUUAUUCAGGUGGAGCAGCCUAUUCAAACCAGUAGUAGCAAACAGGCUGCUGCAAUAAACUUGAACCUGGCCCUAGAAGCCAACAGUGCAAAACUGAAGCCUUCCAUCAUUGAUAUGAACAGUGAUCCCAUAGUGCCUUUCUUUGGAUACUCUGAAAAAUUGAAGCCUUUCAGCAUCAAUAUAAACACUGAUACCACAGUGCCUAACUUUGAAUACCGUUUUCGUGAAUCCAUCAAACCCAAGGAAUCUGAGCCUGCUCCUAGUGUUAUGCCCUCUGUCCCAACAGCAGUUCAACCAGUGCAGAUCCCCAUCACUGAUGCAUCCGCCUUGUCUGCUGGAGCUGCAUUGGCUUCGGUACCUGCUGGUGUGCCUGCAACUGAUGCUAUGUCUGCUCCUGUUAGUGUGCCUGCGCCUGCAACUGCUCCUGUUAGUGUGCCUGCGCCUGCAACUGCUCCUAUUAGUGUGCCUGCUGCACCUUCUAAUGAAAUCAUCAACCACACGGAGGAGAAACUGCUGAGUGAGCUGGAGCAUAUGGGCUUCAUGCAGGCUGACCUGAACAAGGAGAUACUCCGGCAGAAUAAGUACGACCUGGAGCAGUCUGUUGUUGAUCUAUGUGGCUUCAAUGAGUGGGAUCCACUCCUUGGCGAGCUCUCCGAACUGGGUUUUGAUGAUGCAGAGAUGAACAAGGCGGUGGUUGAGAGUGACGACGAACGCAUCAAGCUACUGGCCACUGAUCUCUCUUCCAGUGCGAAGGACCAGUGAUGGAUGACCUUGCGCUCGGCUGUCAGCAGUACCUAGUAACCUAGAUGUAGAUAAGUAGUAUGCUUGAAUAAGUCGAAGAAGUAAUGCAGUAUGCCUGAACCUUACUGGGUGUGGCGUUACAUUGCCGGUUAAUGAUCGCCGGCGCACUGCGUAUGCUAUUACUAUGGUGAUAUGGUCUAUCUAUUAUAUUUGUGUUCCUAUU